AUGGACACAUUAGCAUCCUCUGAAAUGUACAUCAUAGUAACUGCGUUAGUAGAAAAAGCAGUACCUAUAGUUAUCGAGGGAAUCAAGACGGAAAGUAAAACCAUACAAAGACCACUGUCAGAACCUCAGACAUCUCGGGAGUUUUCAUGCGUUAGAGAACAACCGCAAUUGGCCAAUGCCCUAAUUGAGACCACGGAGAAUGAAAGUUUCCAGGAAGCAAAGAAAAAGCAAAGAAGGAAAAAGGCUCUUCUACAAGUGGCCAAAGAGAUUGAGGCCUCUAAACCUAUAGCAGAGAAAAUUUUGGCCAAGAAGAGGUCUACACAUAAGACUACGAUGGCCGAUAUUGUUAAAGGGCUUCCAUUAAAACCGAUGGAUACUACAAGACCAACUUAUGUUACCAUCGCUUUUCAAGGUAAAAGUGUAGUUGACAUCAUCAACAACCUGCCUUCUCCAACUGAACUAGGAGUCAAGGCGAGGGUUGUACGGGCGACCAAAGCUGGCUCAGUUUUAGUUUGUGUAGAUGAGGAUGCCCAUGCGAAAAAAAUAAUUGAGUGGAAAAAACAAAAAGAAGUUGGGACUUGA